CGAGAUCAAACGUCUCUCUUAUGUUUCGGGUUUCGAGUGUUCUCCGACGAGUUUCAGCUGCAAACCCUAAAUCACUCCAUCUCCAGAUUUUCCCUCCACUACAUGGACGGAUCGAACCCCGAGAUAUCACCGUCGAUUCGGCGGCUCGGUGGUUCGUGUCGGGAUCAUCUUCGAGCCCUAGCUUGUCGAUAUGGAGACGGAAGAAGGAGAUGAGCAAAGAAGGCCUUUUCGCUGCCAAGGAGCUCAAACGACUCCGCUUAGACUCGCUCCGACUCGACCGAUUCAUUCGUUUCAAUGUCUCUCGCCUGCUCAAGUCCGAUCUCGUCGCUGUUCUUGCGGAGUUCCAGAGGCAAGACCAGGUUUUCCUCUGCAUGAAGCUGUAUGAUGUUGUGCGAAAAGAAAUAUGGUAUCGACCAGACAUGUUCUUCUACCGGGACAUGCUUAUGGUGCUUGCAAGGAACAGAAAAGUGGACGAGGCCAGGAGGGUCUGGGGAGAUCUAAAGAGAGAGGAAGUUCUGUUUGACCAGCAUACAUUUGGAGACAUUAUACGAGCAUUCUUGGAUAGUGGACUUCCUGUAGAGGCUAUGCAAAUAUAUGAAGAGAUGCGAGCCUCUCCUGACCCACCUCUAUCAUUACCUUUUCGAGUUAUUCUGAAAGGACUCAUCUCUUAUCCGGAACUAAGAGAGAAGGUGAAAGAAGACUUCUUGGAGCUUUUCCCUGGAAUGUUCGUGUAUGACCCUCCUGAGGAUUUGUCUGAAGAAGAUCAAUAAACAAGAACAGAAAGCGAAUUUGGAUUGAGAGCAGAUAGACUCAUGCUAAAAAUAUGCAUGGUGGCAAUUCCAUCAUAGAUCUUCAGAUGGUUAUUGCUGUUAUUGGAGCAUCAGAACAGGUGACACAAGCAUGGCACCACACGGGGAAUGUUACCGUGAUUGGAACUUGGAAGAUAAAAAAACAUUCUCAUGCUGCUUCCGUCGAACACUCAAAUCCUUGAUGGCACUGAAGAGGUUAGUGUCUUUAUCUUCUAUUGGAUCCUAUCCAGUUCUUUGAUCCUGGACUAUUGCAGCCUAGGAUUUGAAUGAUUGUACCGAAUUGGGAUAGUUGUUGAUCUAUGUCUAAGACUGUGCCAUUAGGGAAACACUUGCUAUGAGUAGUGAGUUUAAAGACACUAAGGUUUCGAUUAGUUGUAUAUCAUUGCGUUUGCGACAGUGAUUCUGGACAUUUUCAGUGAAUUUGCUGGCGAUUGUGA